UACGUCACAGACCCACAGGUGUCUCUACUCCGGUUUACUUCUGUGUUGAUUCUUGAGGAGGCAACGUCAACAGUAACCUGUAGUCUCCACGCUGUCCUCACCGGAGCACCAGGACCAUUAAAACUAUCGUGACAAGAGUUCUUCCAGUGACUGUGGACGACGACGACGAAGAAGUAGGGAGCUCCGUGACGUUGGUGGUAGCGAGCUGAAAGGGGAGAACGCGGAGAGGAGUCCGCCCAGGCGGCACUGAGCUCCGGCUUGCCGGCGGGAUGGCAGCCGUGAAGGCUCUCCAGCAGUGGUGUCGUAUCCAGUGUGAAGGCUACCGAGAUGUGUCUAUCAACAACAUGACCACGUCGUUCCGGGACGGGCUAGCUUUCUGUGCGCUCAUCCACAAACACCGACCAGAACUCAUUGAUUUUGACUCCUUGAAGAAAGAAAAUGUAUUUGAGAACAACGAUCUGAUGCCUGAGAGAAGUAGAAGGGUGCAUCAUCAGUGUUGGCUGCUCACGUGCAUUCCUCACUUUUCUUCCUGGAUCUUCAUCAGCAGACUGUGGUGUUUUUCUCCUGUCGAUGGCUUAAGAAUUGCAUUUAAGGUUGCUGAGGACAAGCUUGGAAUCCCCGCACUCUUGGACGCGGAAGACAUGGUUGCUCUCAAAGUCCCAGACCGCCUCAGUAUCCUCACAUACGUCUCCCAGUACUAUAACUACUUUCACGGACGUUCCCCAAUUGGCGGUGCAGCCGCCGUAAAGCGGCCUGCUGAGGUACCCGCUGGCGGGCCAGCCGGGAAGAAGAACCAGCCGGUGGUGUCUAAGGUGUUCAAGCAUGCAAAUGCAAACAACCCUCCACCUUCUUCUGACGUUACACGGCCUCUUCCUCAACUGAGGCAAACAAGAAUCACUGCACGGGAGUCCCCAGCAGAGAAAUCCCAGCAGACAGGAACUUUGAGUAACAAGUGUGUGUCCUGCAACCAGCAUGUUCACCUGGUGCAGCGACAUCUAGUGGAUGGGAAACUCUAUCACAGGAACUGUGCAAAGUUACUGGCUCCUUCAAACACAACUACACUCCUAAGAGAUGCUCCCUCCAGUGUCACUUCUGCAGUAGAGCUCACUAAAAGCAACACAGUGACCCCCACAGCUCCACCCAGACUGAUUCCCUCAUUGCAGGUCCAGAAACCAAGCACUCGCUCAGGCAUCUCCAUCAUGUCUUCAUCACCUUCAAGUCUCACCACACCAGCAAAAGAGAGUAAGGGUCCCGUUUCCAAACCCUCAUCUACCAUCAUUACACCUGCCCCCAUCAUCACUCGGCCUGUGGCUGCACCUCGAACCUCUACUACAGCGGCCAAGACGAUCCAGUCCAAGCUUAAGUUCUUCCAGGCAGAAAGCAAUGACAAAAAGCCUGCAGCCACGAUAGUGGAAGCCCCAAGAGGCAAAAAAUCUCCUGAUCCCAUCCAGGAAAUCAAAGGAGGUCAGACUGUGCCUGGAGCUAAAAAUCAAGCAAAGGUGGAGGAACACAAAGCAAAGAAGGCCAACGAUGAAAAGAACAGUAAAACGAAGGCUGCAGAAACCUCAAAGAAACUCUCAAAGGAGGAAAACAACAACAAUAGUAAGCCGAUGCCAAAGUCUGACCUGCCAAAGCAAACGAAUGUUACAACUCAGGUAGUCAAGAAGCCCAUGGAAGAGGGAAGAGGGAGGGUGAGGCUCAAAGUCAACCCAUCCAUCUUGGCUGACUUGCAGCUUUCACCUUCAGAAGGGAGCCUAUCCUCAGUCACCACCAGUGAGCCCAGAACCAGAACUCCAGACAGAGGCUCCAAACCAGCCGGGGCAUCACCCAACACUUCAGCAUCAGCAGACAAGGACACGCCCGCAGAGUGGAGGUCAAGGCUUAAACCUAUCUCUAAAGAAACAAAAGCUGCUGAUUCAACCCAAUCAUCUGCUAAACUGAAGAUGAACGACUCUGGAAACUCAAAGGUGUCUCUCAGGCCUUUAGUGGAGCCUUCUCAUCCUCCCGACAUAUCUGUCACCUUCCCACCAUCACAAGGCUUUUGUAAUGGCAGAAGUGAUCCCAUAACAACAAAAACAAACGUCCUAAAGACAAAGCCAGAUUUCAUCCCCAAAGAGGCCAUCAUGAAGGAGCUGCAGGAAAUCGAAGAUAACCUCAACCAGUUGGAGAAGAGAGGGGUGGAGCUGGAGACAAAGCUACGCCACAGUGAAGACGAGGGGCAGGAUGACUCUCUCAUGGAUGAGUUGAUGGUGGAGUGGUUCAGCCUGAUCAGAAACAAGCAGGUGGCCAUGCGACGGGAGUCCGAGCUUGUCUACAUAGGGAAGACCCAGGACUUGGAGGAGCAGCAGCCCAGCGUUGAACAGGAGCUCAGGAAGCUGAUGGAUAAACCAGAACAUCUGAAGACAGCGUGGGAGCGCAAGAGAGAAGAACAGCUGAUGAUCAAAUUGGUGGAGAUCGUCAAUGACCGCAAUGCUAUUGUAGAAGGUCUGGAUGAAGACAGGCUCAGAGAGGAAGAGGAAGAUCAGGAGCUGAACAAGCUCAUGAUGACUUUCAGUGUUAAAAAAGACAAGAAGAAAUCUUCCAUGUCCAAAUUCUUCACGUGGGCGAGCAAGAAGGAAGCGUGACAACUUUCAAACAUGUUUGUUGCUAUUCCUCUGGUGCCUUUCAUGUCAGUCCACUCUACUACUUUUGUCAGUCGGGCAACUUAACAUAUGUGUGUGUGUGACGUACACACACACACACACACACACACACACACACACACACACACACACACACACUCACAGACAGUCCUGAAGGGUUAAUGAUACACCAUGCAACUGGUGCUCCAGUUGUAAAUUGCAAUCCGCUUGCAGUCUUAAUUUGUCUACUUAAUGCAUCUACAUGUGCGUACACACACACACACAAGCAGGCAUGUUGGUUGUAAAUACUAAUAUGACGAAUAGGAGCGAAAGCAAACACAUUUUUCCAAUGUUUUAAAGCUGCUUCUUGCACUCGGGUCUGUUGUUGGGUCAGUUGGGUCACACACUGCAACUUCCCCUUCCUGUCACGUUGUACUUGGGUGUGUCUAAGGCUCUUCAAAACCUAACUUGGGUGAAGGAUUCAAAGAUGAGAUGUUGGCUGACUGUAAUGAUCCAUAUUGGAUCUGAAUGAAUUUAAAAUACAUGAAGGCUCUGGAGCUUCUUUUUUGUGUGCAUGCAAUUUAACAAUUUAAGUUAUGUUUUUCCUUCUGCUAUAAAGCUGUAACUUAUAGAUUUUAUCAUUAAA